AUGAUCUAUCUUAAGACGCUACUCAACGUAAUAGACAACUCCGGCGCCCAAGUAGUCGAAUGCAUCAAAGUGCUCCGUCACAACCCCAAAUCAUGCGCCCACAUUGGUGAUCAAAUAACCUGCGUUGUCAAACAAGCCAGACCCACCAACGUUGACGCAUCGGCGUCAUCAGCAGCAGCACAAGCAUCAAAUAGAGUCAAAAGGAGAGAUAUUUGCCGUGCCGUUGUUGUUAGACAACGUGCCCCAUUUAAAAGACCUGAUGGCUCAGUAGUGAGGUUUGAUGACAAUGCCUGUGUGUUGAUUAAUAAGAAUGGUGAACCUUUGGGGACGAGAAUCAGUUCGGUUGUUGCUAAGGAGUUGAGAGAUUUGAAUUAUAACAAGAUUGUGUCGUUAGCUCCAAAGACGUUCUAG